CUCAGCCAAGCAACAAAGUUGCGGAUCAGAGCUGCUGUUCUUCGGUGUGCAAUGGACGGCCGUCUAGAGACUGAAUUGUAUCCUAUGGGAUCAAGUUACGCAGAAUUAGACGUUGUUCACGAUAUUGCAGUUGGCACAAAGAGAGGAUCUGACGAGCUGUUCUCCUGUGUUUCCAGUGGGCCCUAUAUCAUGAGCACAGCAGCCAACGGCAACGACAGCAAGAAGUUCAAAGGUGAAAUCAGAAGUCCCGCUGCUCCGUCCAGAGUUAUACAUGUCCGGAAGCUGCCCAAUGACAUAAACGAAGCAGAGGUCAUCUCCCUCGGCCUUCCAUUUGGCAAAGUCACCAAUCUGCUCAUGCUAAAGGGAAAGAACCAGGCUUUCUUGGAAAUGAAUACCGAAGAAGCCGCACAGACGAUGGUUACUUACUACUCCUCCGUAACACCCGUCAUCAGAAAUCAUCCCAUCUUUAUGCAGUACUCCAACCACAAAGAGCUGAAAACAGACAACUCACCAAACCAAGUGAGGGCACAGGCAGCACUGCAGGCAGUAAAUGCUGUCCAGACAGGUAGCAUGACUUUAGGUGCUGUUGACCCAUCCGGUAUGACUGGCCCCAGCCCUGUCCUGAGAGUCAUCGUUGAAAACCUCUUCUACCCCGUGACCUUAGAUGUCCUGCACCAGGUAUACACUUCCUCUAGUCUAUUCUACACCGUGACCUUAGAUGUCCUGCACCAGAUCUUCUCCAAGUUUGGUACAGUGCUGAAAGUGAUCACAUUCACCAAAAACAACCAAUUUCAAGCUCUACUCCAGUUUGCCGAUGGCCUGACAGCUCAACAUGCCAAGCUGGCUCUAGAUGGCCAGAACAUCUAUAAUGGCUGCUGUACCCUGCGCAUUAGCUUUUCCAAACUUACCAGCUUAAAUGUCAAAUACAAUAAUGACAAGAGCCGUGACUACACUCGUCCAGACCUGCCCACAGGGGACAGCCAGCCUGCUCUUGAACAUCACGCCAUGGCUGCUUUCGCUACUCCCGGAAUCAUCUCUGCCUCACCAUACGCGGGAGCACACGCCUUCCCUCCGGCUUUUGCUAUCCAGCAGGCUGCAGGGUUGACAAUACCUGGGGUUCAUGGAGCCCUCGCCUCACUAGCCAUUCCUGGGGCAGCAGCAGCUGCUGCGGCUGCAAGCAGACUGGGCUUCCCCUCCCUCCCCGGCACCCACUGUGUCAUGCUGGUCAGCAACCUGAACCCAGAGAGAGUUACGCCCCACUGCCUCUUUAUUCUCUUCGGUGUAUAUGGGGAUGUAUUGAGAGUAAAAAUCAUGUUCAACAAAAAGGAGAACGCUCUCAUACAGAUGUCUGAUGGGACACAGGCCCAGCUCGCAAUGAGCCAUCUAAGUGGGCAGAAGUUAUACGGCAGGCCCCUGCGCAUCACACUGUCCAAACACACGACUGUCCAGAUGCCACGGGAGGGACAUGAAGACCAGGGUCUCACCAAAGACUACAGCAACUCUCCUCUCCAUCGCUUCAAGAAGCCAGGCUCAAAAAACUACUCCAACAUCUUUCCUCCCUCAUCUACCCUGCACCUGUCUAACAUCCCACCCGCCGUUGUUGAAGAUGACCUCAAGAUGCUUUUUGCUAGCAGUGGUGCUCUUGUCAAGAACUUCAAGUUUUUUCAGAAGGAUCGCAAGAUGGCUCUGAUUCAGAUGGGUUCUGUGGAGGAAGCAAUCGAGUCCCUUAUCCAGUUCCACAACCAUGAUCUCGGAGAAAACCACCAUCUUAGGGUUUCCUUCUCCAAGUCCACCAUUUGAGAUAAAUAUUGUCUAGAAUGGACGGGAGUGGCCAGUCAUUUUAAACCUUAAUGAGUCUUAAUCACUUAAGCUCACUUCCAUCAUUCCAUUAUUUUAUUUAAGAGGCAUUUUAGUGGAUAUUUACAAAUGUACUUUUAUUUUAUUUUAUUCAAAGUUUUAGAACAGGUGUAUUAUUUGUUUGCCCCGCAAAGUUCAUUAACUAUUUAUCACUCCAUUUAUCAUUUUCAGUCUAGUUAAGGCUUAAAAAUGAUUUCUGUAAAAGCAGAGAUGAACCACUUCAGGCCUUUGAUUCCAUUUGUACCAUUUGUGCCUUCAGAUCUCUGGAACCUCAGUCAAACAUCUGCAACUAAUGUUUGCAAAUCUGUGGAUUACAGUCUAUUUCAUGCCCUCAGGGCCAAGCAUUGACACUCCUAUGAGACAUGGGUAAUUUCAUCAGGCUGAUGGUACAGGCCUUAAACUCUGCACCUCUGUGUUAUGUAUCUCCCAGUAGGCUCGUAUUCAUCAUAUCCUCUAGCUUUAGCGUUUAUACUGUAUUUUAGACAUAGAAUGUUUACAGGCAUUUUUCUCCAAGUUACUGCAAUCAUUUGUGUUUAAAUCCUAUAGUGUUGUCAAGAUUUGUAUUGUUUUUAUACUAUGGGCCAUUGCAUGUUGGCUGUGGUCAGUGGAUCAUUAAGUGCUGACCGUUUACUGUUUGUCCUGUAUUUUGCGUAGAUGUUCAGUGUCAGGCUUCAUGUUAUUGUGUGAUAUAGUAGAUCAUUUAAGCUAUUCUACUCCAAUGCCCCAUGUAUUUUAUGUAUUCAUGUACCUAUGUGUACACUACAGCUUGAUACCAAAGCCUUUCAUCCAUGUACCUGCGUAAGAGACAUCUUGACACCUUUUAGCCUCACAACAAACAGCAUGUACAAACAUGUCCUUUCAGAGUGUCUUGAUGCUUUCCCUUCUUUGUAGAGAACAGUACUGUGUGAUGGAAAGAGUUCAAGUUAAUUGGGAUGGGUGACAGACAUUACUGAUAAUCAGCACACCUGCUGAAUUGUGCACAUCAUAAUGCUGCGAUCCGACACAAUGGCCUUCAGUGACCUCUGUAAAAUGAGUUUGGGCCUUUGAAAUCUGACAAGUGCCUUUUUAAAAUGUCUCGGUUGACUCACAGCAGUCCAUCCUGGUGACAUUCAGCUGCAUUAACUUUCAAAAGAUGUUUUAUGAAAGGCCUGAUGAUGGCCUCAAUUUGGCACUCGGACCGGAAAUUAUAAAGAAAAUUGAAUCUACUUUGUUUAUAUUAUAUUCCCGGCAAUGUUUCAUAAUGGAUCAAGUUAUUUUACUUUAAUAUUUUACAUUUUCUCAUUAGGUUCUGUGUUUUUUCUUCUUCUUUGUUAUAUGUUUUACAAUUUGUGUGGGACCAAUCUGAAAAAAAAAAAAGAGGUGGCGCUUUAAAAAAAAAAAAAUGCAAAUGCUCCUUGGAUAUAGAAAAAAGCCGCUUUAUCAUUUUUGAGAACAUUGAUUCUUCACAGUGGCUGGAUAACCUGAUUAUGCAUCCUUGCACAACAUUAAAAACCCUCAAUUUACAACAUCUGCCUUAGGUAAAGUGCUUUUUCUUAUAGUGGACAGAUGAGGUGUAAAUACUAUUUUUGUAUCACAAUGUUAAAAGUUAUGGGUUUUUAUAUUUCCUGAAAACAUGUAUAUUUUGAUUACAGCUAUGGACCAUCAUCAUGCAAAAAUAUAGUUCAAUAUAAAAUGGUUAAAAAUCAGGAUUACACUGUUUUCAGUCUUUAAUCUUGUUUUUCAUGGCAUUCCUAGUUGUACUUUUUGCCUUCAAUAAAUACUUCUUUACUCAA